UGGGCCAUUGUGCAUUGUGACAUGUUGGUUUAUAUGGGGGUGGGGGAGUCGUCAGUACCUAACUAGUGUUCUGUUUUGGUGCGUUGUGUAGGUUGCAGCAUGCCAAAUGAAUCUUCUCUGCCAGUGUGGCUGCCAAACCAAGAGAUAAUUGCAAGGGAAGUCCUGUUAGAAGCUGAACGUGGUUUUGUUUGUCCUGAAUGUGGCAAAAAGCUGCGCAGCUCUGUUACACUCAAGAGGCACAUCCUCGAUCUCCACCGGGUGCAGACUGAACAGUUUUGGUGCAAGAUAUGUAGAAAACAUUAUCGGACAAAAACAGCCUUGUUGUGCAUUUGUGCAAAUAUCAUCCGAAUGAUAAGGGGUUGUAGUCCAAAGACAUGUUUUCUUCUACACUUCUAAACUUAUGUAAUAGCAACAUUUCAUGUACUGGUAUCUUAACAUUUGGUGUCAGAUGACUGAGUAUGAUAAGUGUUAACUGAUAGCUGGCUAAUAGAUAACAAAUUAGAGGAUUUUCUUAUCUUUUAACUCAAUUAUUUCAUUUAACAGGAUCAUUAUUUUCUAUUGCUACAGCUUAUCGAGACUGCUUGCAAUAAGGAAGAGGUCCCACUAUGGACCAAUUUUCAAUUGCCACAACAUCUUCAUUCCCUUACAGGGUCACUAUAUCAGAACAGUAUACUCUGAGGCCAUUUCACGUCAUUGCAUCUUCUUCGAUUUUAUCAUCACCAAUCCACUCAUUCCAUAUCAGUGCAUUUGAUUCAUAUUACUAAUUGAGAUGGUUGACAGGCUUAUUACACGCUAAAGAGAAACCUUAGUAUGAAAAGUAUGAUGGUAAUUUAUGGGUGCCCUGUAG